CAGACGUCUCAGGACUAAUUUUAAAGCCGUCUAAAAUCUGAGAAACGGAGUGUGGUAUCUUGGGGUCUUGCAAGAUGUCGACAGGGGCAGGAUUCCAGUGCAUUCAGGAAGGGGUUGCCAUAUAAUGCAAAGCUAGAGACACUGCCUAAAGUCUCACGCCGACUGUGGGAUACCAAGAAGGUACCUUUCGACUGCUAAAAAUACGUCUGCUCUCCAAGCGUACUUAGGCCCAAUUUGUGUACAUCGUGUAGUGUGUGAUGUACAAGACUUCUGGCCGAAGUAAGUUACCAUUGCGACAUCAGCAUGGGCACCGUCUCCGAACCCGUCGUCGCAACGCAGCCACCGAAGACGUGUGAUUACCAUGAGACACACGCCAACACCUUCUUUCUCUACAUUUACGCCAUCACCCCGACAUCCAUCAUCGGAAUCAUCUUGAACGCCAUCAUUCUAAUGGUACUCGGAAGGGCGCAGAAGAAGGCAAUCGCAACUUCCGUGUUCCUACUGCGCAUACUCGCCGGAUGUGACAUAUUCUUUCUGUUGUGUUGCCUGGUGUUUUUCUUCAUCCGACAUAUGGUGGUCUAUUUCGAACACCGGACCACCAUCUUUACAAGAGGCGACAACUACAUCGGAGGAGAUAUAUUUUUUUGGAUUCUGCCCUGGUACUUUUCUGCGCUGCAAUCACGAAAUAGCUUAAUUGUCCUCAUUACUCUAGAGCGGUUUUUAAACAUCGUCUUUCCGUUAUUGGCGAGGCCAUAUUGCACGGAGAAAAACUUCGGGAAAGCUGCGAUAUUCAUUAUCUGUUUAUCUUUAGGAUGUAAUAUGCCACGGUACUGGUCUCUCGAGCUUGUUGAUGUUUUUAAUCCAUGCACGAGCUACCCCGAGAUUCAGGUGAAGAGCAAGGCAUGGCAAGGCCUCUAUGACACGUAUCUGUACAUGCUGGGAAUGGUACUGGUGCCGCUUCUUCUUGUUUACAUCAUGAAUGUCGUGCUCAUCAUCUCCUUACGGAAGGCAAUACGACGGCGGGCGGAUAUGACAGGGGGCGACACUAGCAAGGACCAGGAGGAGAAGGCGAACAGACAGGCGACUCUCAUGGUGGUGUCCAUACUCAUUGUCUUCACCCUAUGUGAGACGCCAGCGACGGUUGAUAGAUUGGCGGGACUGGCCGGCCUUCAACUUUUCCCAGAUCGUCGAUAUCACGAUUACUUCAGAAAGUUUGGCCUGUUUUUAAUUGUGGUCGACUCCGCGAUGAAUUUCGUGGCAUAUUGCGCUACUAACAAAACAUUUCGCCAUAAUUUCCUCUCAAUAUUUACGAAGAAGGUAAAAUAAACAAAACUUAAAGAUCAAUUUUGAAAGGAAAUCAUACCCAUAUAAGCUAGAUUUUUGUCCAUCCCACUUCGAAGUAGAAAGUUACACUUUCAUACCUUGAUCAAAAGAUUCUCCAUCAGUAAGUCAUCUUCAGAGAUGAUUUGGAAGUUAGGGCGUUUUGCAUGUAUUUUUGCGACGUCAGAGUUGUUCAUUUUCGCUCACUUUCUACAUGUUCUAUACUUUUGCUAAUAUCGACUGAGGAAGGGAAGGCUAG